AAUUUUCCUUAUUUCUGGCUGAAGGGAAGGGAGGUAAAUUUAUAUUUCCAGCUUAACAAUGAGUAAGUAAUGCUAUUUUAUACAAAGUGUAGCGGUAUGUGCGUUUAGAAAAAUAGCUCUGUUGUUUGUAUGAGUCCCUUUAAACUCCUAUUCCUUUUUUUUUGUAGAUUGAAAGUAUGAAUCAGAAUAAUGUUUCAGAAGUAUCUGAGUUUCUUCUCCUAGGACUGUUUCCAGUUAAAGAAGUCCAGCUUGCCCUCUUCUUCUUGUUUUCACUCUUCUACUCCUUCAUCUUGUUGGGCAACAUCCUUAUCAUCCUUACCAUCUACCUGGAUCACCAUCUGGCUUCCCCGAUGUACUUUUUCCUAGCUAAUCUAUCCUUCCUUGACAUUUGCUACUGCUCUGUCACAUUGCCUAAGAUGCUAGGUGAUUUUUUAAGGCAGCAAAAAAUUAUUUCCUAUGGUGGAUGCAUGUGCCAGCUCUUUUUCUUGCAUUUUUUGGGAGCAGCUGAGAUAUUUCUGUUGAUCGCCAUGGCCUAUGAUAGGUACGUAGCUAUAUGUAAACCACUGCAGUAUUUUCAUCUUGUGAGUGGAAGUGUGUGUUGCAUGCUGGUGGGGGCAUCCUGGGUAGGAGGAUUUAUUCAUGCUAUCAUCCUUGUAAUGUUGACCCAUCAACUUCAUUUUUGUGGACCAAACAUCUUGGACAAUUUCUUCUGUGAUGUUCACCAAGUGAUCAGACUGGCCUGCGCUGAUACACACAGGGUGGAAACUCUGACUUUCAUCAACAAUGGGCUUGUAAUAUUGUCCUCCUUCAUUCUUUUGCUAAUAUCAUAUGGAAUCCUUCUGGUGAAACUAAAAACUAGUACAACACUUGGAAGGGGCAAAGCUACAUCCACCUGUGUCACCCACAUUAUUUUAAUCUUUGUGAUGUUUACUCCAGCCAUCUUCCUCUAUACACGUCCUUUGGUGCCCUUAUUCAUAGACAAGGUGGUGGCUGUUUUCCUUACUGUCAUUUUUCCUUUAUUAAACCCAGUUAUCUACACAAUGAGGAACAAAGAAAUUAAGAACUCCAUGAAGAAGUUAAUAGAAAAGUAUGGACUUUGGAUUACACUCUAAAAUUACAGUGUCUUGCUGUGGAAUGAACUCAUCUUUCCUAAAUCUUUUUGAAAUAAAAUAAAUGACACUUAAAAGCUAAAUUCUAAUUCUAAUGCAUUUUUGUCAAUAUUGGUGUGAGAGAUCUUACUUUCAGCUUCGUGAAGAUUAUAUUUUCUGUCAACAAAAAUGCCACUAAUUGGUCAUAUUGCACAUAGAAUUUUACAUAUCGUUUAAACCUGCUGCUCUAAGGACUAAUUUUUUGUAACUUCUAUUUACCUUUACAAGGGCUCUGGAAGAGAUACAGAUACCAGACAGCGUUUGCAUGAUCAAAUAGAGAGUGUCUCAUCAGAUUUUUUUUUACCCAGUCUGAGUUCCUGCAAUUUAGCAGAGUGAGAGGGAGGAAUUUACCUCCAGUAUGUAUGUAUGUAUGUAUGUAUGU